AGUGUUAUGAUGCAGUUCCACAACACACAGCCACAUUCACCCACAGAUCGAGGUACAGAACGAGAGACAACCUCUGGCCCCCCAGCAGCUGGCCAGCUUUGCAGCCCCAUUCUUGAGCCCCCGACUACCCGCCCCUGCCCCAUCCCCUUCCCAAUUGAAGGAGCGGAAAGAGAAGAGAGAAGAGUGAGCAGAGAGAUUGAGAGAGAGAGAGAGAGAGAGAGAGAGAGAUAGACGGAGAUCUCUGGAGCAGACCUCAAGGUGACUUCUAUUUCUAUCUGGUUCUCGUCUGGGGGGGCCCUAGCCGGGCAGCCCCCCCACAUCCUUCCUGCCCUGAAACACGGCUCUAGCCAACUUGCUCCGCUGCUUCACCUGCGACCGUCUGUGUGGGGGCUGCACGGCGCCAGCCCCUCCUGCCCGCCAGGGCAUUGUCCUCCAGCCAGUCAUGCCCAGCUGUGACCCUGGCCCGGGCCCCACCUGCCUCCCUACCAAGACUUUCCGCAGCUACCUGCCCCGCUGCCACCGAACUUACAGCUGUGUGCACUGCCGUGCACACUUGGCCAAACACGAUGAGCUUAUUUCCAAGUCCUUCCAAGGGAGCCAUGGCCGAGCCUACCUGUUUAACUCUGUGGUCAACGUGGGUUGCGGCCCAGCAGAACAGCGUCUCCUGCUCACGGGCCUCCACUCGGUAGCCGACAUUUUCUGCGAGAGCUGCAAAACCACACUGGGCUGGAAAUAUGAACAAGCUUUUGAGACGAGCCAGAAAUACAAGGAAGGGAAGUACAUCAUUGAAAUGUCACACAUGGUGAAGGACAACGGCUGGGACUGAGGGGCUCAGGCAGGCUGUGCCCUUCCACCGCAUGCCCCACCCUCCCCUCACCUGCCCCUGGCCCUGCCAAGCAGUCUAUACCAGCAUGAGUACUGCCCCACCCCUGGGGAAAACCAGGCUCCAACCAACACCCCAUCCCUCCCCCGCCUCCACCACAUCACUACCAGGCCCCUAUUGGAACAGGGGUCUGGGGGUGCCCCAGGGGUGUUAAGGCUCAGGAGUGCGCAGCAGUCAGGGAGUGACAGAGCUGGGGAAGAGGGAUGGUCGUGGGUCAUUCUGUUCCCAAGGUCCUGAAAAGCCGAGGCGAUAGCAGGGCACAGGUUCAGGCAGAGAGGGCCGCGAGAGGCAUGUUUUUGCCCUCACCUCUUUUUGAGUGAACAGGACACACCUUGGGUCAUGGGGCUGGGUAGUCCUGGGCCACAGAAUAACAGAUGAGAAAAGGCUUGGGCUGGAGUGAAAUUUUGGCCUCAGAUGCCAGGAGAGACCAGAGUCUCUCAGGGUGAACAGUUUCCCACCCCCAUCUGUAGGAGAAAGGACUCGGGGGUGGAAGAAAAACUCAAAUCCCAGGCCGUGGGAAAUAAAGGAAUCACAGGGGUUUCCAUUUCACUCCACUUGUUAGUUUAUCUUGGCACUAAAGAGGCACUUUCGAGUAUCUAACCUUUGCCAUUGGGUGGGGUGGGGCAAGCUGUCCCCGAACAGCCCCCCACCCCCAGCUGGCUGUUUCCAGAGUGAGCAGUCUUUGUGGGCGGUCUCGCGGCCCCAGCCACUGCUUCCUGGGACCCAGUACCCUGGAGGGGAGGUGGAGAAGCAGCUCUUCGGGUCCAGUCUUUCCCGUGGCUGCCACCAGCGAACGAAACUUUUGUAUGAUACAUAAAGUGUUUGGGUUUAUUUUUAAUAAAAAGGGAAAAAGCAACUAUGAGGCACUCUGUCCUCUCAGUUUCUUUCCCCGUGCAUGUACCAUAAA